CCCGCCCGCCCGCCCGUCCGCGCCGCCCCGCACCCCCCUCCGGCGGCCUCGAGCGCUCGCUCGUUGAUGCCGUUCUGGGGGUGACCCGGCGCGGCUCCGCGGUGGCGGGGCGCUAGACGACGCCAGCCCAGCGACGCGGGAGCGGGACAUGCUGGAGCUGCGGUUCCGCGGGGGCUGCCCCGGCCCCGGGGUAGCUGGGGUGCCGCCACCCCGUGAGGGAGAGGCGGCCGGGGGCGACCACGAAACGGAGAGCACCAGCGACAAAGAAACAGAUAUUGAUGACAGGUAUGGAGAUCUCGAUGCCAGAGGAGACUCUGAUGUUCCUGAGGUCCCACCAUCCUCAGACAGGACCCCUGAGAUUCUCAAGAAAGCCCUGUCUGGACUAUCUUCAAGGUGGAAGAACUGGUGGAUUCGUGGGAUCCUCACCCUGACCAUGAUCUCCCUCUUCUUCCUGAUCAUCUACAUGGGCUCCUUCAUGCUGAUGCUUCUGGUUCUGGGCAUCCAAGUGAAGUGCUUCCACGAGAUCAUCACCAUCGGGUACAGGGUCUACCACUCCUACGACCUGCCGUGGUUCAGAACGCUCAGCUGGUACUUCCUACUGUGCGUGAACUACUUCUUCUAUGGAGAGACGGUGGCUGACUACUUCGCUACGUUCGUUCAGAGGGAGGAGCAGCUGCAGUUCCUCAUUCGCUACCACAGGUUUAUAUCCUUCGCCCUCUACCUGGCAGGUUUCUGCAUGUUUGUACUGAGUUUGGUGAAGAAACACUACCGCCUGCAGUUUUAUAUGUUCGCAUGGACUCAUGUCACUUUACUGAUAAUCGUUACUCAGUCACAUCUUAUCAUCCAAAAUCUGUUUGAAGGCAUGAUAUGGUUCCUUGUUCCAAUAUCAAGUGUCAUCUGCAAUGACAUCACUGCCUACCUUUUUGGAUUUUUUUUUGGAAGAACUCCUUUAAUUAAGCUGUCUCCCAAGAAGACCUGGGAGGGAUUCAUCGGUGGCUUCUUCUCCACAGUCGUAUUUGGGUUCAUUGCUGCCUAUGUGUUGUCCAAGUACCAGUACUUUGUGUGUCCAGUGGAAUACCGAAGUGACAUCAACUCAUUCGUGACAGAAUGUGAGCCUUCCGAACUGUUCCAGCUCCACAGUUACUCCCUCCCUCCAUUCCUGCAGGCAGUGCUGAGGCGGGAAACGGUGAGCUUGUACCCCUUCCAGAUACACAGCAUUGCUCUUUCAACAUUCGCAUCGCUGAUUGGCCCAUUCGGAGGCUUCUUUGCCAGUGGAUUCAAAAGAGCUUUCAAAAUCAAGGAUUUUGCAAACACUAUUCCUGGACACGGCGGGAUAAUGGACAGGUUUGACUGUCAGUAUUUGAUGGCGACAUUCGUGCAUGUGUACAUCACAAGUUUCAUAAGGGGUCCGAAUCCCAGCAAAGUGCUCCAGCAGCUGCUGGUACUUCAGCCAGAACAGCAGUUAAAUAUCUACAGAACCCUGAAGAUUCAUCUCAUCGAGAAAGGGAUCCUGCAGCCCACCUUGAAGGUGUAGCUGCUCCGAGAGGAGGG